GGCUGAACGGGGGUGCAUGUGUUCAUCUGACGGCAUCAUGGGGCAUUUCCAAUAGUCUCCUCGCCCAGCCCACCAUGCCUGGUGGCAAUUCACAUCCCCGCCGAUGAGCAUACUCCGGGUCAGGCCCGGUCAUUUCUUUCCCUCACUCUCGAUCGUCUCUUGUUGCCUCGUGGAGAUGAGAUCCAGUCAACGGCCUGUAGCCGGAAUUUGAUGUAAACCCCCCAGUCCUCUUGUUGCUUGUUUUCCUUCUAUCCGUUCAUCUCUACCAUUCCCUCAAAUUCCCUCAUCCCCUCUUCAGGAUUGUUUUAAUUAUCCUCUGCUAUCCUACUCCAUCUACUCCCUUCUCAGAGCUACCCUCCAUCCCUGCUUUGCCUUAUACUUUUACCCCGCAUCCCCGUCCACGUUCUUUUCUUUGUUACUCGGGCCGAUCUUCAACAUGAGCCAAAUCCUGGACUGUUUCCCUGAAUACGCAGACACCGCCCCUCUGGAUCACCUGCGAGAGACCGAGUACAAGUAUCUCGAUGACCAAGGGCAAACCUACCUCGAUUAUACCGGCUCCGGCCUCGCCGCCAAGACGCAGUACCACUCCCACAAUGCGCGCCUGACUGAGCAGGUCUUUGGAAACCCCCAUUCUGCCAGCCCCACCAGCGAAAAUUCGACCCGACUGGUCGAGCAGGCGCGCUCCCACGUCCUCGCCUAUCUCAAUGCCUCCCCCGAGACAUAUACCGCCAUUUUCACCCAGAACGCUACCGGGGCCGCACGCCUGGUCGGCGAAGCCUAUCCCUUCUCGCGACAGAAGACUUUGAUCCUCACCCAGGAUAACCACAACUCGGUCAAUGGGAUCCGGGAAUUUGCCCGAGGGCGGCAUGCGCGCACGGUCUACGUGCCAUUGCAGAGCCCGGACAUGCGUGUGAACCCCGCCGUCCUCGCGGAGGCCCUCGGAGGCCACUGGUGGGAAUGGGGAUUGGAUAAGAUUGGAAUUGCCAAAGAGGGCCGGUCGACUCGUGAGCGUGGUCUGUUCGCCUAUCCCGCCCAAAGCAACUUCAGCGGCGUGCGCCAUCCGCUGGAAUGGGUCACUCUGGCCCAGCAAUGCGGCUAUGAUGUCCUGCUAGACGCUGCCGCCUAUCUACCCACCAACCGGUUGGACCUAUCGGAUGGCAACCCACAACCAGACUUUGUGAUGGUCAGCUGGUACAAGCUCUUUGGGUAUCCGACUGGGUUAGGCUGUCUGAUUGCGCGGCGAGAUGCGCUCUCCCGCCUGUCUCGGCCCUGGUUUUCGGGAGGCAGCGUGCUGACGGCCGGAGUGGGACACCUCUAUCACCGGAUGGCGGCCAAUGAGGUCGGGUUCGAAGACGGAACUCUCAAUUUCCUGUCGAUUCCGGAUGUUCACGUCGGCCUCGAGUGGCUGGAGCGAGUCGACAUGAAGAUGAUUUCCACCCGGGUGCGUUGCCUGACCGGCUGGUUUCUCCAGCGCCUGCUCGCCCUGCACCACACCGAUGGAUCACCGAUGGCCGAAGUGUAUGGGCCCCGCGACCUUAAGCGCCGGGGUGGGACCGUCUGCUUCAAUCUCCGCGAUGCCGAGGGUAAGAUUGUCGAUGAGCGACUCGUGGCGAACGAAUCGGCGGCCGCCGCCAUCUCCCUGCGGACCGGCUGCUUCUGCAACCCAGGCGGGCUGGAAAAGGCGCUUGGCUUUGAUGCCCGUUUGACCCGGCGGAUGCGUCGCCGUCUACGCGAUGUCACCACAAUUGACAGCUAUAUCAGCAUGGCCGGUUUUCCGUCGGGAGGUGCGGUCCGGGUAUCUUUCGGGGUGGCGUCCAAUGUGGCUGAUGUCGAUCGAUUCUUCAAUUUUGUGACGACGACCUACCGGGACCGGGUCACGGACACCAAGGGAUUGUUGCCCCGCCUUGGCUGUUGAAUCUGGGUUCGGAUUGUACUUUGUUCAGUUGCCUGUCUUGUAAAGUUCUGUUUCUUAUGAUGUUUGUGAUGGCCAUGCUGAGGAUAUGCUUGAGCAGUGGUCGAGGAUUGGGUUCUGCCCAGGAGAUGUAUAAGGUCAAUAGAAUCUUCGCUUAAUCCUGGUCACCGGCUAAACUCCGGUUCGGAUGCCUACCUAUCCCUGUCCAAACACUAUCCAUCGCGAUCUUUAGCCGACUGCUACCCAUGCUGACGGCCAAAGCAUACUCCGGGUUUUCCGGGCAGACCCUGACAGUUCC